AGUGAAUAUAGAAGCAUGCGGUGUAUGAAGGGAAGCUCCCUGGUGCUGGGACGUGAUCAUCACUGCUGAGAAUCCACUCCACGUUUCCCGGGUAGCCUGGCUGCUCCUGGAUCGCAGCAGAGCGAGUGUCGUGCGUCUCUUUGGCUGUCUCAGUCCGGGAUUUCUUGCCUUCCAAUGUGAGGAGACAGUAGCAGCUGUGAUUAGCUCAAGUUCCCCGUGCUCUUCACUGACCAGACGCUGUCUGACUGCCCUGGAAUAUUCACACCUUGUCUCUGGCACCAGCCGAGCUCGUCGCAAGCAUCUAUGCCCGAUUGUGCCAAUGUGUCGCACACAGUCCAUGUUAGGAAUAAGCUUCGGAUUCCUGGAUGAGCCUCUGUAUAGUGAAAACUUUUCCCUCUCCGCACUUAGCGCCUAGGGGGCGCUUUUCUCUCAUCUCCUGCACUUAGAGGGGCUUUUAAUUCUCCUUUGGGUUUGGGGGGCGUUUGUUUGGCAUCGCAGUGGAAGUACCUCACUUGGAUAUAUUGUAGGAUUGCGUGUGGAGGAAUUGUCCCUUUGGAUUAUCGUGUUUAUCAGCAUGUUUGGGAUGGAGCCGGCGCUGUGCUGGGGAGCGAUGUUGCUGUCACUUUGCGCCGGGGCUGAUGUGAGAAGUCGGAGCUGCAGUGAGGUGAGACAAGCGUACAGCGCAAAGGGAUUCAGCCUGGCCAGUGUCCCCUACCAGGAGAUAGCAGGGGAACAUUUGCGUAUCUGUCCUCAGGAAUACACAUGCUGCACUACUGAAAUGGAAGACAAGUUAGGCCAACAGAGCAAAUUAGAAUUUGAAAGCCUUGUUGAAGAAGCCAGCCAUUAUGUCCGUGUUACCUUUGUGUCCUGGCAUAGAAAGUUUGAUGAAUUUUUCAGAGAACUCCUGAAAAAUGCAGAGAAGUCACUUAACGACAUUUUUGUGAAUACUUAUGGAAUGCUAUAUAUGCAGAACACUGAGGUGUUCCAAGACUUAUUUACCGAACUGAAACGUUACUACACAGGAGGCAAUGUCAACCUGGAAGAAAUUCUCAAUGAUUUUUGGGCACGACUGCUUGAACGCAUGUUUCAGCUUAUAAAUCCUCAAUAUCAUUUCUCUGAGGACUACCUUGAGUGUGUCAGCAAAUACACAGACCAACUGAAACCAUUUGGAGAUGUACCUAGAAAACUCAAAGUUCAAGUUACAAGAGCACUUAUUGCAGCACGAACAUUUGUCCAAGGUCUCACUGUAGGUCGUGAAGUAGCAAACAGGGUAUCUAAGAUCAGUCCAAACCCUGGGUGCAUUCGUGCACUAAUGAAGAUGUUGUAUUGCCCUUACUGCCGGGGGCUACCAUCGGUAAGACCCUGCAGCAACUACUGUCUUAAUGUGAUGAAAGGCUGUCUGGCUAAUCAAGCUGACUUAGACAUUGAGUGGAAUCUCUUCAUAGAUGCCAUGCUGUUGGUAGUUGACAGAUUAGAGGGGCCAGUCAAUAUUGAGUCUGUUAUGGGCCCUAUUGAUGUGAAAAUCUCUGAAGCCAUCAUAAACAUGCAAGAGAACAGUGUGCAGGUGUCAGGAAAGGUCUUUAUAGGAUGUGGCCAGCCCAAAUCUCCACCAUUACUGAGGCUUUCACGAUCAUUUUCAGAAAGUAACAACGUUCAGUUCCAUCCCUACAUUGAAGAGGAGAGACCCACAACUGCUGCAGGCACAAGCCUUGAUCAACUGAGGACUUUAUGGAGGGCAAUGCAGAAUGCUGUUAUAGAAAUCAAAGACAAACUGAAGGUAUCAAAGAAAUUGUGGUCGAGUUUGCCACAUGCAAUCUGUAAGGAGGCGAGAAUAACAGGAGCAAACCCACAUGAAGACAAAUGUUGGAAUGGACAGACUAGAGCUCGGUAUUUGCCUGAAAUUAUGAAUGAUGGACUGAUAAAUCAGAUUAAUAACCCGGAGGUGGAUGUAGACAUCACAAGGCCAGAUACAUUCAUAAGACAGCAAAUCAUGGCACUGCGAGUUAUUACCAACAAACUGAGGAAUGCCUACAAUGGAAACGAUGUCAACUUCCAGGAUACAAGUGAGGAAACCAGUGGCUCAGGAAGUGGGAGUGGGUGCAUUGAUGAUAUCUGUCCGACUGAGUUUGACUUUAUCACCACGGAAGCGCCACUUUUUGACUCAGACAGAGUGGAGUUUGAAUUUUCUGCAGCAUCACAGAGUAGCCAGUCACUCUUUACAGUGCUAAUAAGUGUGAUUAUGGUAUUACAGAGACAAUGGAGAUAAUCUAUAAACUCCCAGGACUGUUUUAGUUAUAAAUAAUAGUCAAUUUUCUUCUUUUCCUACACUUUUUUGGGCAAUGGACCAUUUCGCAACCACUGACGUUUCUACUUAUAACUGCUUUCUUUUGUCUCUUUGCUCCCCUUUAAUUAAAGGCACCAGUGUUGUGUCCUUAGAGUUUCUUUUUUGGAGAAUUUAAUAUAAACACUGGGGAAUAUUCCAUAGAGGCCCUUGAGAACAUUGCAUCAAGCUACAAGCAACAGAAAAAGAAUGGUUCCAGGAUAUAUUAUUAGAUUUUAAAUAAAAACAGCAUGUUGUAUCAUUCACAGCUGAAUACUGUAUGUCUACAUACAGGUCCAUCAUUAUUGGAUAAUGCAUGUCCUGUUUCAGUAAGCAAUUUCUCUGCCACGUCCUGAUUUAAGCUGUAGGGAGAUGGAAGAGUACAUGCAUCCAUUACUAUCUCAAAAGGAGUUAAUGUUACCUCGAGCAGAGAUAACCUGAUAUAUCUCUGGGAUUGUUCUUAAGAGAUGCAGAGAAAAUUGCUAUACCAAGGUGUCUGGAAAAUAAUCAGUUUAAUAUUAUUUAUCAUGAUCUGGAAUAUAAUGUUUUAGAUUUGGUCUGUUUAUUUUGUAGCCUCCCUUCAUUUUUACUUCCGAGUCAAUACAUUUUUUUGCUGGGUGGGUUUCAUCCAUGUGGGGAGAUAAGUGCAAUUCAGAAUUUGCCCCAGACCCUCCACAGGCACACAAGUAGAACGAGCAUGGGCCAGCUGAGCUUUACUAUCUCAGGCACUUUUGCGUGAUACAGUAUAUGUUUCAGGUAUGCAGUAUCCUAAUAGAAUACAAAUUUAGCUAUCAUUCAGAUACACUCUGUAAAAGUCAAUUAUCAGAAUAAUCAAAUUACCUUGUAUGUGCCAGUAAGCCUGCAGAGGAGUUAAAAAUAAGAAGAUUAUUGUCAAAGCUCAGCAGUUACAAGGUUAAAUCCAUUGUUACCAUGUUGUCAGUCUGUUCUGACACCCUGAGUGAUUCUGGAACUGUUCAGUUACCAGCAGGUACCAAGGUGGCCAUAUUUACUAGUCGGGCAAAAAAUAAAUACAUGCUGAUUUGUCAAGUAGUGCAGUAAUCAAUCUAAAAAUGCAGACACUUCAAAAUAAUGGACAAUACAUUUUUAUACAUGUAUCAGUUAUUCUAAUCCAGAGAGAUACAAAUCAUUAGUGCUCACUGAUGAAUCUUGACCGGCACACAGAAGUUUGUGGUUGUAGUCUUUAUUCAACUGACUGCAGAACUGCCUAGCCGGCUCCACAUGGAAAGUGUCAUAACCAUAGAAUCCUAGGAUACUCUAGGACAGUGAUCCCCAACCAGUAGCUCAUGAGCAACAUGUUGCUCUCCAAUCCCUUGGAUGUUGCU